UUGUCAGCAAAUCACAACAGAAAUUAAACCUUGGGGGAGUCGACUAUUAACGGGAAACAUUGCGAAGAUAGCGGAGUGUAUGCCGGGUGUGGCAGCGACGGCGGUACAUGGUACGACAGCGGAGGCGGCGCGGCGAUGCCGGUGAGCGCGUGUUCGAGUGGGCUGGUGGUGACAGCGCUAGUGACGCUGCUGCUGCUGCCGGCGCAGUACUACGUGCCCGACUUCGUGCUUCAGGAGCGCAGUGCGCCACCGCCCGCGCCGCCAGCACUCGCCGCUACCACGCGCUGGCCCGAUGUCGAACUCGUUUACUUUCCCACGCUAGACCUGGUUUUCACCUUUACGCUCUUGCUGCUAGGACUGUUUACUUAUCUGUGUGAGUGGAUACAGAGAAAACUGAUGGAGAGGAGGAUAGUCAAGUUGAACCAGUACCUGGGUGCGAGCGUCGAGCGGCUACGCGCAUGGGACGCGCAGCAGGAGCAGCUGGAGUCGACGCUCAAGAUGGUGCAGAACGCCACCUCCGAGUAUAAUUUGCUAUUAUAUCUGCUGCUGCGCCAGCACCGCUGCCUUGCCAAUAACGGCCAGCCCUCUAACUGCUUUUUCGACAAAGAAAUCGAGGACGAAUUCAAUUUUUUAAGGAACCCCACACUCGACGCGUGAUUGUC